AUGGGAGGCCCUGGCCUGGACUGGAAGACCGUGGGCAUCUACUGCGGCGUGCAGACCGCCGCAGGCAUCGCAGCUGCCGUUUGCUACUCCCUGCUUUUCGGUAUGAGCUUCAACUUGAUGCCGGCCAAGGGCUUCUCCUGGUACCAUGCUGGGCUCUGUGAGCUGCUCUACACGUUCAUGCUCACCUUCGUGGUCAUGAAUGUGGCCGCAGCCAAGAAGAACGUGGCCGAGAAGAACCAGUACUAUGGCAUGGCCAUCGCCUUCACUGUGGUGGCGGGCGCCUAUGGUGCUGGCGCCGUGUCCGGCGGCUGCUUCAACCCGGCCGUGGCCCUGGGCAUCGACGUCUCCAGCGCGGGCCGUGGCUUUGGCUGGUCCAUCGCCUACGUCAUCUUCGAGCUCCUGGGUGCGGCCAUGGCCGCUGCCCUCUUCAAGGUGGUACGCCCAGAGGAUUUCGGUGGUGAGAAGAGCCAGCUGACCGAGCUGGUCAGCGAGUUCCUGGGCACUUACAUGCUGGUCCUGACCGUCGGCCUNNUUAACGUGUUGGGCAACUCCAAGGCCGCCGCCUUCUCCAUCGCCGCGGGACUCACCUCCAUGAUCUACGCCCUGGGUGAUGUCUCCGGCGCACACUUCAACCCCGCCGUCACGGUGGCCAUCCUUGCUUCCGGCCGCUGCCCGGAGCUUACCCCUGCCAAGGCAGGCACCUAUGCUGGCGUGCAAGUGCUGGGCGGCAUCACGGCAGCGCUCACCUACGCCUUCAUCUACCGGGGCGCCACCUUUGGCCUGGGACCUGUGGGCUCCAGCACUUGGGCCGGCGUCUCCGUGGCAGAGAUCGUCUACACCUUCGUGCUGUGCUUCGUGGUGCUCUGCGUCGCCGUGUCCGAGCGCACCAAGGCCUCCCACCUCUUCGGCCUCGCCAUCGGCUCCUGCGUCACCGUCGGCGGCUUCGCCAUCGGCGGCAUCUCCGGCGGAUCCCUCAACCCCGCCGUGUCGUUCGGCAUUGCUGCGUCCCACAUCCUGAACGGCGGACGCUUCUACCAGGCCCUUCUCUACACUCUCCUGGAGCUUGCGGGUGCUACCGCAGCAGCAGGCGUCUUCAAGGUGACUCAUGAG